UUUGCUAGAUGCAUCGAAGUAAGCCUCGUUAGAUUAUCCGUCAUGAAAAAUAAUUUGUUGUAAAAAUUGUUACGUUAAAUUAAGUAAAGAAUAUCUCGUGUGUUUGGUAAAUAAACCGAUAGAGCCGGUCAAGAGAAUGUCUGGAAAUCAAACUCCGGUAUACGAUUCUCUCAGCAAGAAAUACGAAACUACACGACGAAGAAUUUUUAAGGAUGACAAUGGAAAAUAUAAAGAAAAAUUGGAAAUUAAAAAUUGUGAGAAACGGACGUUAUUUGGUUCCCUACCUUUCGAAGGAAAUACUAAUUGGAAGCUGGACGAUCUCUCCGUCAUUGUCGAUGAUGACGAAGAUCGAAAAUCUGAUCGGGGAAAUGUGUACAAACACAGCGAAGACAAAUGUGAUGGCAACUCUGCAGAGCCGAUCGAAUGUAAUUUCAAAGCUACACUGAAGAAAAUUAUUGACAAACUGAAAGAUGAUAGGUCAAAAGAUGCACAAGGAGUUAAAAAAUUAUUCGAGAAGAAAUGUGAUAGUGCCGCUACUGGAUAUUCCAAGGGUAGUGCAACGUCCGAAUCUCAUGUAACAUAAAAUCACCUACGGAAGUAAAUGCAAUAAAAAUUUCUUUUGUUUUUCUAA